AGUAUAGUAAAAUCAGCUGACUUCAGCGUCGUUCUCUGACUCUCUUUCGCGAUACCGUCGCCGCCCGCAACACCACGCGUGCAUACACCUUUCGAAAAUGGCGCUUAACCUCUUGGUCAAAGUACACCCCGUAGUUUUAUUUCAAAUCGUCGACGCGUACGAGCGUCGAAAUGCCGAGGCUCAUCGUGUCAUCGGUACUCUGUUAGGAACCGUCGAGAAAGGUGUUGUCGAGGUGACGAACUGCUUUUGUGUUCCACACAAAGAAUAUGAAGACCAGGUUGAUGCAGAACUCAACUAUGCGAUGGACUUGUAUGAACUUAACCGUAGGGUCAACCCACAGGAAAACAUUGUUGGCUGGUGGGCCACUGGAAAUGAGGUUACCAAUCAUUCCUUUGUAAUUCACGAGUACUAUGCUCGUGAGUGCAAUAAUCCUAUUCAUUUAACAGUCGACACAACAUUGGAAGGAACUACAAGAAUGGGUAUCAGAGCUUAUGUUUGUGUGAGACUUGGAGUACCAAACGGCAAUACUGGAUGCAUGUUUACGCCAGCUAAAGUACAGGUUCAAUGCUAUGACCCUGAAGUUAUAGGACUGCAAUUGUGCGCAAAAACCAUUGCUCAAGCACAAAGUGGCAAAACAAGUGGUAUUGUGGAACCCAUGAUGGAUCUUGCACAAAUAGCUGAAGCUAGUUCAAAACUUGCUUCAAUGCUUGAUGGUGUACUUCAAUACGUUGACGAUGUAUUGGCUGGAAAGACACUACCAGAUAAUCAGGUGGGCCGAGCUCUUUUGGAUAUGGUCAACUCUGUGCCUAAGAUGAGCAGUGACCAAUUCGAUAACAUGUUCAACAGUAAUGUGAAGGAUCUUCUUAUGGUUGUUGCACUGUCACAACUUAUCAAAGUACAAUUGCAGUUGAACGAGAAGCUCACUUUGUUAACUACAUCAUGAAUAAAAAAGAGUAUUCAAUUUGUUAUUUCUUUGCUUGGUAAAACAUCUGGAAGCAUAAGGAGAGAAUAAAUAAUAAAACUUGUCUUAA